AUGUCCGACGCCGCGAAAUCCGCCGAGAGCGUUCAGCAAGUGGAACGACCAGAGGAAGCCCCCGAGAUCAAGUCCACUCCUGCUGUCGACACUACCCACCAAGAUGAAGCACUCAAAGUUCUCGAAGGUUACACAGGAGACAGCACAUGGACAGAUCAAGAAGAAGCCAAGGUUCGACGAUCCAUCGACUGGAAGCUGAUGCCGGUCCUCUGCAUGACCUAUGGAUUGCAGUAUUACGAUAAGGCUAUGCUUUCCCAAGCUGCUCUGUUCGGGCUCCGAACCGACUUGGGGCUUACCGUCGGCGAUCGAUACUCCUGGUCGGCCUCUAUAUUCUAUCUUGGUUUCAUUGUCGGUGCCUACCCGGCCAUGAUUCUUGCUCAAAAGUUCCCGGUCGAGAAGGUUGCUUCAGUCAUUGUUACCCUCUGGGGCCUUUGCCUCAUCCUUACUACAGUCUGUUCAGAUUAUCGCGGACUCUAUGCUCAGAGGUUUUGUCUUGGACUUCUGGAAAGUGGCAUCAGUCCCAUGUUCAUGUUGAUCGUUGGAAGCUGGUACAGGAAGAACGAGCAGGCCAUGCGUAUGGGCAUCUGGUAUAGCUGUACUGGCUACGUAUCUAUCUUCUCUCCGCUUAUCAACUACGGCUUCGGCAAGCUCAACGGUGGUAUCUCGUCGUGGAGGUACAUGUUCUAUUUUGCCGGGUCCUUGACCAUCGCUUGGGGCAUUCUUCUUUACUUCGUUCUUCCUCCUGACCCCAUCAGAGCUAAAGGGUUCAACGAGAGAGAGCGAUAUAUUCUGGUAGCUCGUCUGAGGAGCAACAAUUCCGGCGUCCGCAACACCCACUACAAGAUGGAGCAAGUCGGCGAGCUUGCUUUGGAUAUCAAAUUCUGGCUUGUUUUUGCCAUCGCUUUCCUUUGCAUGAUUGCCAACGGGCCAAUUUCAACCUUCGUCCCGAUCAUUAUCAACGGUUUUGGAUUCAGCACUCUGAACUCGCUUCUCCUCACAAUGCCUGCCGGAGCCUACGGGGGAACAGUGCAGCUGAUCAUGCCAUACCUUGCAUACAAAUUCAAAAACUGUCGAACUUGGAUUGUCUUUGGGGCGCAGCUGGGAACUACAUUGGCCGCACUACUACUUUGGCUUCUUCCUAGAUCCGCCAAAGGAGGUCUCCUAUUCGCUGCAUACAUUCUCCCAUCUGUCGGUGGCGGGUAUGCCGUCUUGAUGGGUCUUCAAAUUGCCAAUACGGCCGGCUACACCAAGCGUUCUAUUGCCUCAUCUGGUCUUUACAUUGGUUAUUGUCUUGGAAACUUCGUUGGUCCCCUUGUUUUUCGAAAACAAGAUGCACCGGACUACGCUUUCGGUUUCAUUAUUGUCGUGAUUACCUCCCUCGCAGCUGGCGUUCUUGGCCUGGCAUAUCGGUUCGUCUGUGUCUGGCACAACAAGAAACGAGACAAUGCGGGGAUCAUGGAGGGCUUCGAUCACGCAUACGAAGAUGACCUGACGGAUAUGAAGAACCCACAGUUCCGGUACAUUCUCUGA